AUGUACAACAAAUUGUGUUUUGUGGCCAUAGUUACUCUUGCGCUAUUCUCGCAAAUCCAUGCAGCGCCAGCAGAAAAUGAUCCAUCAUCGGCUGUCAAAGGUGUUGCAGCUGAAGCACAGCAAGGUGCAGACAAAGUCCUUAAAACAGCAGAGUCAGCGGGAAGUUCUGCGCUGUCGGCUAUAAAUCCACUGGGGCUUAUCCAGCCAAUUAUUGGUUUAGGUGAAACUCUGGUCAAGGAUGAAUCAAAGAUGGUGAGCGAUAUCAUCGCGAAAAAAGAUGCCAAGGAUGCAGCAGAUAAGGGAAAAGACGCAGCAGACAAGGUAAAAGACGCCGCAAAAGGUGCAGCGGAUAAAGCCGGUGACGCUGCCAAAGGCGCCGCAGACAAAGCUAAAGACGCAAGCAAAGUGGAAAGCACAUUCAGCAACGCUGGAAAAGGCCGAACAUGGGAAGGGUAA